AUCUAGAUUUGGGUUCUUGAUUCGAUUCGUUUAAUCAUGAGAUAAUUUUUGAAAUAAGAUUGAUUUAAGGUUCCACUUGGAGAUGAGUAAUUUUCGAGGAGAGAAGAGAAAUCUGAUGAAUAGAGCCAAGAUAUGAUUCAAGCUAUGGGUUUAUUUACUCUAUUGUUAUAACUUACUGUCACGAAUUAGGAAUGAACUACAAACUUCAUUCGUCCAGACUUACUUGUUGGAUCACUCUUACAGGAAUUGUGAGAAGCCUAUGAGAGAUUUUGAUGUAUCUGAUUUGAGAAUGCUUCUUCCUGCCGUGGUUAGUACACUGUACAAAGCUGUUAAGCAAAAUGGAGAAGUUACAUACGUGCACAGUGUACUGCACUGCUGGAAUGGGAAGGGCUCCAGCUAUUGUGGAAUUGAGCAAGUGUUGACUUCUGGCUGACUAAUACUGAGAAGGGAGAAAAAGGUCGUGCUUUUGGAAGCCGGAUGCCAUUAGAAACGGCAACAAUUGAUAUUGUGAAUAUCAGAUCAAAUGUUUGAUGUCUUGCUACUAAAAUAUGGGUUGCCAU